GGGUGCUCCAAAUCAACGUCUUCCACAACGCCAGCUCCACGGACAUGGAUAUGAGAGUCCUGCUGGGCGACCUGGAGACCCACUCCGUGAACUGCAGCACCUGCGAGAUCCGCUUCCUGCAGCCCUGGGCCCAGCAGGGCCUGACCCCGAAGGAGUGGCAGGACCUGGAGCUGCUGACCCAUUAUUACCUGUCUGACUUCAACCGGACUGUGAACACAAUAGCCCAGCACCACGGAGGGGGCUACCCCUUUGUUACCCAGGUCUCCCUCGGCU